AUGGCCCCAGGCCAGGACGGCGAGGCGGGCCACCCGGGCAGGGAGCGGGAGCGGGUCAGGAGAGCGCUCCCCAGGGGUCCCAGGGGUCUUGGCCUUACCUUGCACCGCCAGGAGGACGCUUCUUACCAGCAUGGUCACGCUUUGGGGAGGAGGACCGGAAAAGGGUGCAAGCUGCCAGCCCGCUGGGACGCGCUGCUCCUGGUGGAAGGGAGCGUAGGAGGCGGGGGUGCUGGGGACGCGGGCGGGAGAAGUCCAGAGGCAAAGCGUGCACUUGGAGCUGCCCGACUUUGCAAAGCGGCUCCGGGAGCUGAGCAGAAAGCUGAAAGGUGCUUAAAUGGAGACAGAAGAGAAGGAACAGACAACAUGGAGAUGGACACAUUUUCUCUCCUGACGAGGGCUGCCACCACACGCUGUGGGCAGAGUGACCUGCUGGCGCUGUGGGCACCCACACGGCGCCUCCCACAGAGCCUGGCGGGUCAUCCCCGCUGCCCCCCAGUGGCCCUUGGCCAUGGGUCCUGCUUGCUGUUGCCCCUGGAGAUCUUUCUGGGCUUCUUGCUUCUAACUUCCUGGGCAAAAGAGAGGAAGGUGAAACACUGGUGCCACUUGCAGGAGCCUGUACCACCCUCUGGCCAGUUUCUUCUCAUCGCCAGGCAGAAGAAUGAGAAGAACAGAAGAGUCCUCUCUAAGGAGUCUAACCAGGUACCUGAACACGCUGAUACUGACGUUUCCCCCAGCAAAUAGCCCAGCCACAUCAACCUUCCAAUCAGUUUCUUUGCUCCACAAUUAAAUGUGAGUAGACAUCUUAGAAUUACCAGACAGCUGAAGAAUGCUCUAAUAUACAAGACAAAGAUCAAACGAACUACAAACAGAGAAAAACUUGGAGGAAAAGUGAACUAUGAAAGGAAAAGAAAACUUCAAAAUAAAACAAUUAUUAAUAUCCUCAACCUGAUAAAAUAUGAUACUGCAUCCCAGAAACAAGGUGUGGAGCAAGUGAAGGUUCCUGUGGCCAGGAUUCUCACCUGGCCCUGGUCACCUUGCUCACUACACAUGUGGGCAAUACGUCGUUACUGACUCUAGGUAAAGAGCUCCGCCCAGUGCUCUGGAUGACUGGCGGCACGGCUGCAGGAAAGCAGUGGCUGGAGUGAUGGCAGCAGCGAGGACAGAGGCUGAGAUGGCUGCAGGGGCAGAGAGGUGGGAG